UUUUUGAGUCACUGGAGCAAAUGAACGGAGGGGCAAUGUUCAGUUGCUCAGACCUGUAAAGCCCCUCCCAGCUUCGCCGCUGAACGGAGGAAGAGGAGAGGAUGCAGUCUGCCUCGUAGGUGUCCAGAGGUUCCUGGAAGAGAAGGAGGAAGCCUUUCCGGUGUUAUCCUGGCUCUCCAGCUUCUGCCCACCAACCUGGCUCCCCUCCCCCUCCCAUCCCCAGCCCGGGUCUCCCUUCCCUGCUCACCCUGCUGAACUGGGUGUAGGUCGGACCUCCCCUCCUUCCUCCCCUCCCCGAGGCACCCACUGGCCAGGUCCUGUUUAUUUUCUUAUUUUGAGCCCAGAGACACUGGAACAUAACUUUACCCUCGAGCAAAAAAGCUGAAAAAGAGGCAGAGGGUGAACCGGAUCUGGGGAAGCCCCUCAAAGCCCCAUCAUGGAAGAGGGCUUCCGAGACCGGGCGGCUUUCAUCCGUGGGGCCAAAGACAUUGCCAAGGAAGUCAAGAAGCAUGCGGCCAAGAAGGUGGUGAAAGGCCUGGACAGAGUCCAGGAUGAAUACUCCCGCAGAUCCUACUCUCGCUUCGAGGAGGAGGAAGAUGACGACGACUACCCCGCCCCCGCCGACGGCUAUUACCGCGGGGAAGCAGCCCAGGACGAGGAGGAGGGUGGCGCAUCCAGCGACGCCACCGAGGGCCACGAUGAGGAGGACGAGAUCUACGAGGGCGAAUAUCAGGGCAUCCCCCGGGCAGAGUCUGGGGGCAAAGGCGAGAGGAUGGCAGACGGGGCGGCCCUGGCUGGAGCCAGAGGGGGCUUGAGCGACGGGGAAGGCCCUCCGGGGGGCCGUGGGGAGGCGCAGCGGCGGAAGGAGCGGGAAGAGCUGGCCCAGCAGUAUGAAGCCAUCCUGCGGGAGUGCGGCCACGGCCGCUUUCAGUGGACGCUCUACUUUGUGCUCGGCCUGGCGCUGAUGGCCGACGGCGUGGAGGUCUUCGUGGUGGGCUUCGUGCUGCCCAGUGCUGAGAAAGACAUGUGCCUGUCCGACUCCAACAAGGGCAUGCUGGGCCUCAUUGUGUACCUGGGCAUGAUGGUGGGAGCCUUCCUCUGGGGGGGUCUGGCUGAUCGGCUGGGUCGGAGACAGUGCCUGCUCAUCUCGCUCUCAGUCAACAGCGUUUUCGCCUUCUUCUCAUCCUUCGUCCAGGGUUACGGCACUUUCCUCUUCUGCCGCCUGCUCUCCGGGGUUGGGAUCGGGGGGUCCAUCCCCAUUGUCUUCUCCUACUUCUCGGAGUUCCUGGCCCGGGAGAAGCGCGGGGAGCAUUUGAGCUGGCUCUGCAUGUUCUGGAUGAUUGGCGGCGUGUACGCAGCAGCCGUGGCCUGGGCCAUCAUUCCCCAUUACGGGUGGAGUUUUCAGAUGGGUUCUGCUUACCAGUUCCACAGCUGGAGGGUCUUUGUCCUCGUGUGCGCCUUUCCCUCUGUGUUUGCCAUUGGAGCUCUGACUACACAGCCUGAGAGCCCCCGCUUCUUCCUGGAGAAUGGCAAGCACGACGAGGCCUGGAUGGUGCUGAAGCAGGUUCAUGACACCAACAUGCGCGCCAAGGGACACCCGGAACGAGUGUUCUCAGUGACUCACAUUAAGACGAUUCAUCAGGAGGAUGAACUGAUUGAGAUCCAGUCGGACACAGGGACCUGGUACCAGCGCUGGGGGGUCCGGGCCUUGAGCCUGGGGGGGCAGGUCUGGGGGAAUUUCCUGUCCUGCUUCGGCCCGGAAUAUCGACGCAUCACUCUGAUGAUGAUGGGUGUGUGGUUCACCAUGUCCUUCAGCUACUACGGACUGACUGUCUGGUUUCCCGACAUGAUCCGCCAUCUGCAGGCGGUGGACUAUGCCGCCCGCACCAAGGUGUUCCCUGGGGAGCGUGUAGAGCACGUGACUUUCAACUUCACCCUGGAAAACCAGAUCCACCGAGGCGGGCAGUACUUCAACGACAAGUUCAUUGGGCUGCGUCUCAAGUCUGUGUCCUUUGAAGAUUCCCUCUUUGAGGAGUGUUACUUUGAGGACGUCACAUCCAGCAACACAUUCUUCCGCAACUGCACAUUCGUCAACACUGUGUUCUAUAACACUGACCUGUUUGAGUACAAGUUCGUGAACAGCCGUCUGGUGAACAGCACAUUCCUGCACAACAAGGAGGGCUGCCAGUUAGACGUGACGGGCACGGGCGAAGGCGCCUACAUGGUGUACUUCGUCAGCUUCCUGGGGACGCUGGCUGUGCUUCCGGGGAACAUCGUGUCCGCCUUGCUCAUGGACAAGAUUGGCAGGCUCAGAAUGCUCGCUGGCUCCAGCGUGAUGUCCUGUGUGUCCUGCUUCUUCCUGUCUUUUGGGAACAGCGAGUCGGCCAUGAUUGCAUUGCUCUGCCUUUUUGGAGGGGUCAGCAUUGCAUCCUGGAACGCGCUGGAUGUGCUGACUGUGGAACUCUACCCUUCAGACAAGAGGACCACGGCCUUCGGCUUCCUGAACGCCCUGUGCAAGCUGGCAGCCGUGCUGGGGAUCAGCAUCUUCACAUCCUUCGUGGGAAUCACCAAGGCUGCCCCCAUCCUCUUUGCCUCAGCUGCCCUUGCCCUUGGCAGCUCUCUGGCCCUGAAGCUGCCCGAGACCCGGGGGCAGGUGCUGCAGUGAGGGGCUGUAGGGCUGUGGGGAUGGCGGGCACACUGUGAGACCAACAGCUCCUCCUCUCCCCUCCCUGCCUUGCCGUCCUGGCCCCAGAACCCUCACUCCCCACUCCUUCGGUGUCUUAGCUGUCGUGCGUGUGCGUGUGCAUGUGUGACCCCGUGGGCAGGGCCAUAGGGAAGGCUCUUACUUCGUUUUGGGUGCCGCACUACUCCCCACCCACCACCCUUGACUUUGCACACAAGGCCGAGCCCACCCUGCUCUCCCCCAGUGUUAGCGAGGGGCCCUUGUUUCCCUGCUCCAGGGCUGCUCCCUGCCUUCCCCUCCUUCCCUCUGCUUAGGCCCUGGGAGACCAUGGGUGUGCAGUCACGUUGGGGGCUGGGGCCUGGGUACACACCACGGACCAAAAGAACUUCUUACAGGGGGAAGGGCCUCUGUGCCUCUCACGAAUGCUUCCUGUUGGAUGCUGGGGGAGCAGCAAUAAACCUCAGCCCUCUGGUCUCCACUUUCCCCUCAACUUGGGCUACACAUAUGAAGCCUGAGUUUUAUGAAAUUAGCUGAUUCUUAUUUAUUUAUAUAUGAAGUUCUGAGGCAGCUCAGCAGACUGUGUGAAUGUGUGUGUACACUGUGUGUGUGUGUGUGUGUGUGUGUGUGUGGGUGCCAUGAGGUGGCGGUGUCACUGUACUGUCCUCAAAUAUAAGCCAAGGGUAAUUUCAGGGGACACACACACAACCCUGCCUCCCACGGAACCUCCCUGAAGCUCUACAUUGGGCCUGGGAGGGAGAAGCCCCAGGCCAGGCUGGUAACAGUGCCACAGUCUAGGCAGAUGUGGGGGCACGGGACAAGGCCUGGCCCGCCUUCCUGCCCUCGCUGCAGCAGACAGGAAGCGCGCAGCUCCUUCCACGCCGCCAAGGUCAGUCACGGGCUGGGGAGGAGAGGGGAGGAGGCCAGGGAUGUGGACAAACCAGCAGGUCAAAGAGCACAAGGAGCUGGGGCAGGGCAGGAAGCAGGGGCCUCCCGGCACCUCCUCUAAAAGUGGGGAGAGGUUGGGCAGCGAGAGACCCCCUAAUGCAGGGACCAGAAUCCUGUUUCCCCGCCUCACUCUCCCACACAAUAGCCUCUGUAGGUGAAGCUGCCCAUCCCACCCUACUGUGUGGCUGCUUUCGUUGGUGCCCUCCCACCUCCACCGUAGCUGUGAUGUGUUAUAGAUUUUAGCCGUUUGUAAAAUGUCAAAAAAAAAAAAAAAAAAAAAAAAAAAAAAAAAAAAAAAAAAAAAAAAAAAAAAAAAAGGUAAAAGGAAAAAAGUGAAAAUAACAAAGAAUCCAAAUUCACCCUCUUCACGCUGUGUCUGGUGCCCUCCACCCGUGGCCACCCCCAUUUUGUAACUGAACCAGGUGGGGACUGUUUAACCCUGGUGUCUGCUAAAGGACUGCCUUCUCCUCCAGUGCUGUGUAUGAGUGUGUGCCCUCUUCCCUCACCUUCACCUGCUGGACGUAGGCCUCUUCCCAACACCCCAGGGAGAGCCACCAUUUCCCUUGUUCUCCUGGGGAACCCUAAAUCUCACUCUUGAUGUGAAAAAUGAAAUGAAAAAUACCGAUGAAAAAUAAAAGGAAACCAAUCCUUAAAA